GGGAAGCAGAAGGACGGAUCACCGUUUGGAGAAUACGGAGGCUGGUACAAAGCCUGCAAAGUCGACAGCCCCACAGUGACCACCACCCUGAAGAACCUGGGCGCCCUCUACAGGCGGCAGGGCAAGUUCGAGGCGGCCGAGACUCUGGAGGAAGCUGCCAUGCGUUCCAGAAAGCAGGGUCUGGACAAUGUGCAUAAGCAGCGUGUGGCCGAGGUCCUGAGCGAGCCGGAGGCCCGCGAGAAGCAGCGAAGCCGUGAGAGCUUGACCUCUGACACGGUGAAGUACGAGAGCGGGCCAGACGGUGGCGAGGAAGUGAGUAUGAGCGUGGAGUGGAACGGGGUAAGUACAGUACACAGCCCUCAACACCAUACCACCGAGA